AUGUCGGAACCAGGCAAACUCAGCCAGAAAAUCAAAGUGUGGCUGCAGGAGUACUGGAACAUCACGGACCUUGUGGCCAUUUCUAUGUUCAUGGUCGGAGCAAUCCUUCGCCUCCAGAACCAGCCAUAUAUGGGCUACGGCCGGGUCAUCUACUGCGUGGACAUCAUUCUUUGGUACAUCCGAGUGUUAGACAUCUUUGGUGUCAACAAAUACCUUGGUCCCUACGUGAUGAUGAUUGGAAAGAUGAUGAUUGACAUGCUGUACUUUGUGGUCAUCAUGCUGGUUGUGUUGAUGAGUUUUGGAGUAGCUCGCCAAGCCAUCUUGCACCCAGAGGAGAAGCCUUCUUGGAAACUGGCCAGAAACAUCUUCUACAUGCCCUACUGGAUGAUCUACGGAGAGGUGUUUGCAGACCAGAUAGACCGUAAGACUAGAAUUCAUAUGUACGCCAUGGAAAUUAACCCUCCUUGUGGUGAAAAUCUCUAUGAUGAGGAAGGCAAGCGGCUCCCUCCCUGUAUCCCUGGUGCCUGGCUCACCCCUGCCCUCAUGGCCUGUUAUCUCCUGGUGGCCAACAUCCUUCUGGUCAACCUACUGAUUGCUGUUUUCAACAAUACCUUCUUUGAAGUCAAGUCAAUAUCCAACCAAGUGUGGAAGUUCCAGAGAUACCAACUGAUCAUGACAUUCCAUGACAGGCCGGUCUUGCCCCCACCCAUGAUCAUUUUCAGCCACAUCUAUAUCAUCAUUAUGCGCCUCAGUGGUCGCUGCAGGAAGAAAAGAGAAGGGGACCAGGAGGAACGAGAUCGUGGGCUGAGUACGUUGGGGAUUCUUCAUUUCUAUUUGUGGGAUAAUUUCAAAAGAAGGUACUAAAUAGACACUCCCAUUGCAGCCUCACUAAAAUACUGAGGUGUUUGAAAAACACCACAGAUAGUUCAAGUGCUGAGUGUUUUAGAAUGUUCCUUGUUUUCUGUGUAUUCUAGCUUUGUUCACUUAUAUUGUAAUCAAUAUUGGUAAAAAGUCAACUCAUGGAGACCAGAGACUGAACAUUCACAAAAGUCUUUUUUCAAUGUACACUCCCAUAUGCUUCAAGACCCCUUUAAAUGUAUUCCAUCUAAGGAGCUAAUUGCUAAGAAAAGAAGCUACAUAAGCCUGGCUGCUUGUGCAAUAAUGUGCAAAACGUUUUCUGGGAAACCCUUUUGCUUUCCAGACAGAUGCAAUUCACUUUUGUUUUUCAUUAAAAAGUGAUCCAUUUUGCGCCCAUAGCUUUUGGAAUGCUGCGUGAGACAGAC